AUGGAGGACAUCGACUCGUCGCCACUGUCGCCCCACCCGAGGAAACGCGCAGCUACCGACGAGGAUAAGCCACUGAACUUGAAGGGCACACAGUUCGUAAUGCCCACACCGCCGGACACAGAGGAGUCGAGUAACGCAAGUCCGAACACGAACGACAAGCCAAGGGAAGCUUCUCCAGCGCCCAGCAUAUCUACCAUGACGAGCAUUGAGGUUGAGGUUGUGGGCAGUGAUCAAGCCAAUGCAGGUGGCUCGGCGGCUACACAGCCUCCACCAGCGAAGCGGCGAAAGCUGACUCCUGCAGAAAAGGAGGCAGAGGCUAAGGCCAAGGCGGAAAGGAAGCAGGAGCGAGAGGAGCAGAAGGCACUUAAAGACGAAGACAGACGCCAAAAGGACGAGGAGAAGCGGCGUAAGGCUGAAGCACGAGAAGCCAAGAAGCGUGAGAAAGAUUUGGAGGAGCAACGGAAGGAGGAAGCGAAAUUGAAGAAGGAUCGAAGUCAAUUGAGGCUUGCUUCAUUCUUUGGUGGAAAGCCAAGCACUCCAGCCAAGGCUGGCGUGUCCGAUGAGGGUACCGAGAGUGGCAGUGGCUCUGCUAGGCGCAAGUCUCUAUCACUUGAACCCUUCGAUGCCGUGGCAGCUCAAAUCCGCAGAUCUGCAUCGCCAGUCAAAGGUCUACAACCAACAGCAUCCAAAGCUGCCACGCCCACACCCACACCGGCGAAAGCAAAGCCAUCUGUCUCAGACUACGACAAGUACUUCUUGCCUUAUCAACUGCCAAAUCACAGCACUCUGGCUGCCACUUAUGACAUUCCGAAUCCAGAUGAUCUGGCCUAUUGGCAGGGCGAGUUCGAUCGCGAGAUAAAGGAUCCCACAUUCAGGGAGAAGGUCGACCUUGGCCUCAUUGAGGCUACAGCAGUAAUUGACCAUCUGUUCGAUCGAGACAGCAAGCGCAAACGAGGUCUGCCUCUUCUGGGCAUGCGUGCCGUCGUAGAUAGGGUUCAAGGGACGUCUCAACGGCCAAUCGAUCUUACAGAAGAGACUCUGUCGAACCAGCAACCAACAGACCUUCUCCAGACGGUCACUAGGCGUCAUCUACAGUUCCACGAGGAUGUUCGACCAGCAUACUUCGGAACCUACACAAAGGGGCUGUCGCCACGCUCGACACGUCGGCUGAUGGUGCAACCUUUUGCUCCUCUACGAAAGGAUACCGACUACGACUACGACUCCGAAGCAGAAUGGGAGGAGCCAGAGGAAGGUGAAGAUAUCCUUGGGGACGAGGAUGACGAGGCGGAGUCCUUGGGUGACGCUGACGAGAUGGACGGCUUCCUUGACGACGAGGGAGACACGAGCAAGCGGAAGCUCAUCACUGGCGAUCUACUGCCUACUUGUUCCGGACUCUGUUGGGAAAAUCAUUCCAAUGUCAUCGUACGCAGCAUCGAGAGCGAGGACAGUGAGCUCGCGACUACAGAAGGGACACCCUUAGGAAUGAAGGGCAUGCGCCUCGGCGUACUCCUACCGCACUUCACUGGUGGCUCCAUCGAUCCCUUCUCGAGCGUAUACUGGGCUCACGACAUGGCACCACCUGGCGUUCCGCUCGCAGUCACAGCACCCUCUCGACCACCCUUGCAAGAGCGGAAUAGUAACGGCUCACCCCUCUCGCAAGCAACACUUCUGGGCGCCACACAAGCAGGCGCGGACGGCGGCAUCACAAUCGGUGCAGCAGCCACGCCCGGAGCCAAGCGUGGCCCGAAAGCUCAGCCGAGAACGUUGAGUAAGGAGGACUUUGACGAGUUCAAGCAGGCCAUCGUUGGCAAUACGGUGCCGAAGGCUGAAUUGCAGAAGGCUCUGAAAGCUAGUUUUUCGAAACUCACUAUGGAAGCCAUCAGAGACAACCUGAGCACCCACUUCUCCUUCAUGGGCCCCAAGGGCAGCAAGAAAUGGUACUUUGUUGAAGCUACCGCGGUCGACCCAACAGCUGCUUGA